AUGUCAGGAUCAACUCCCAUUCCAGUCUGUAUUGUGGGCUUCGGCAACUCGGCUCGCACCUUCCACAUUCCCUUCGUACUCGCCCUGCCGCAGCUCUUCACCCUUCACUCGAUCCAGCAGCGUCCGCGCAACCCAGCCAACGCCUCCUCAUCUCCUGAUGCUUCCAAGCUGUUCCCUAACGUUACUAUCAUUCCUGACUUUGACAGCGUUCUCACCACGCUCCCAAAGAACGGUCUCAUCAUCGUGACCACCACCAACGACACCCACUUCCCCUUCGCCAAGCGUGCCCUCGAGGCUGGAUCCAACGUCCUCGUCGAGAAACCCGUCGCCACCAAUCAAGCCGAUGUUCAAACCCUCAUCGACCUUCAAGAGAAGACUGGCAAGCUUUGCGCCGUCUACCAGAACCGUCGCUUCGAUGGCGACUUCCUGACUAUCCAAAGCUUGCUCUCUGACAAGGGAGCUGAGCCUUCUGCGCUUGGUGUGCCGACCUACUUCGAGUCGAGGUUCGACAGGUUCCGACCCUAUGCCAAGGGUGGCUGGAGAGAAGAAGUUGACCCGGACACACAGGGCGGUGGUAUGCUUUGGGAUCUGGGAAGCCACUUGAUCGAUCAAGCCCUCUUCCUUUUCGGCCCUCCCCAGAGUGUCACUGGCUUUGUUCGCAACCAGCGCAACCAAGGACCUGCUGCUGUCGAUGACGACUGGCUUGCAAUCCUCAACUACCCCGAGUCGGCACCUCUGCCUCCUUCUUCGCCUGCUGCCGGGUCCAAGAUCGGCGGUCUCCGAGUUUCGCUAGGAGCAACAUGUCUUUCGUCUCACGUCGAUGCUGAGCAGCCCAGGUUCAGGGUCGAAGGCACACACGGAAGCUACGAGAAGCGAGGCACUGAUCCUCAAGAGAACCAGCUCAAGCUGGGUUUGACUCCCUCCAGCCACCCUGAGGAGUUUGGUGUGUACAACGAGACCAACGAUCCCGACUCGAUUCGAUUCGGAAGAUUGACGACCAUGGCUAGGUCGAACAAGGACCUCUCCCUGCCUGCACCAGGUGCUGGUGCACCUAAGCAGCCUCAGUUGUCCGUCGCCAACAUCCCUACGCUGCCAGGAAGGUACAUCGACCUGUUUGCCAACGUUGCUGCCUCGAUCAAUGCUGCUAAGCAAGCCGAGGCGGAGGGGAAAAACGCAGCCGAGGCGAUCCGGGCUGUCUCGCUGGUCGGUGUGGAGAGGACUCUCAAUGCUGUCAAGCUCAUCAAAUUGAUCCGGGAGAGCAGUGUUCAGGGCAAGACUUUGCAAUGGUCUUAG